AUGAUUUUACCUUUAGAUUUCGACGAGGAUGAGGGAUACCGUGAUUUUAGACCUCGUGUUCCCAAGAGACAGAGGCUUCCGCCAGUUGUGCAACUUUGCAAGGAAAUGAUGCCAGAUAUCAGAACAAUUGGUGAAUCGGUCAAGGCAUUUGAAGAGGACAUCAAAUUUUUGAGUGAUGCCAUAGUCAACGAGUAUGGACACGAAGACUAUUUUAACAACGCCUUGUUAAAAACGUUCCGUGCUGUUGUUCUCGAGCAGCCUCAUAAGCAGCCUGCUAUCGCUCUCUUAACCAUGGUAGUGAACGGUAGAAACGAGGUGGCUGCCAAGAGCGUGAUCAAUUACUUCUUCGAGGAAUUGCAGAAUUGCUGUAAAGAGAGUAUUGAUGAGAAUUUCGAAGUGAGAUCAAAUGAGACGGGACCUUGGAACAAGGCUAAACUGUUACUUAGAUUCCUGUCGCUAUUAUCGCCAAUUCUCUUAAAGGAUGACCCGUUAGGGCUCUACCAGAAGUUUUUUCAGUUAAGUGUUGAAUUGAAUAAGAUGGAGGGUUCGAAAAGAAAUGCUUUGUCGGAAGAACUUUACACAAAUACAUUGUUGAACAUUCCUUACUUAUUUUUCUUCAACAGAGAAGAUGAAAAUCUCCAAAAUAGAGUGGAAGAGAUGAUCUCUUUUGUCGAAAGCGAAUACGAAGUCAAAAAGACUGAUAUUAGUUUGCUGAAGGAAUACAACAAGAAUAGUCCGUAUGAAAGCUACGAGUUAGUAGAAGGCGUCCUGUCAAAUGUUAAGCGUGCAUUGGCGAACAAUAUGGAGCAGCUUUCUCGCUUGUUCCCUGACUUGCGACAUCUAUUACCAGAGCAAAAAAAUGAACAUGGGUUCAACGAAGCCUUCGAAUUGCCUUCGGCGGAAAUUCUGAAACCUUUCAGUGGGCUUGAUAUGGGUUUCGGCUCUGUUGACAGCAUGUGGAAGAAUCCUAGGUAUGCCUUCCACGUUUAUUUGCCAAAUUCUGCAGGUGAUUUUGAGACAGUCGUCCCAGUGACUACCUAUGCAGGCCAACUACUUAACGAUAUUAUUAUUGAUAUCACAGAAAGCAUGGAAUUCAAUAGAAAAGAGGUGGCAAGACAAGUGAUUACGUUGGACUUAUUUUUCAAACCUGGCAUCUUCGCCGAGCCAGGUGAAUCAAUUGCUCAAUUGGCCGCAACGUACGAGGAGAACCCCUUGGCCACGACCUUCAAGAUUGAGGACCUUGCUAUCGAAACAAUUUUGGGCCUGAUUUUUAAACUGCCAGAUGUAUCUCAGCCAUUUGCUUAUUUUUACACUCUCUUGGUUGAGAUUUGUCAAAACUCUCCAAAGGCUAUUGCGCCGGUUUUCGGUCGUGCUUUCAGAUUCUUUUACAACAAUUUGGAUAAUCUCGACCUAGAGCUAAAGUCCAGAUACCUGGAUUGGUUUUCAAUUCAGAUGAGUAACUUCAAUUUUUCAUGGAAAUGGAAGGAGUGGGAAGAUGAUUCAAUUAGGUUUGGUAAGAGCUUUUACUGUGCGAAAUUAAAUUUUGCUAAAAAUCUGAUCCGCAAGGAACUUCGACUAACUUCCAAUACUUUGGAUGUCGAAGAUAGUCUUCCAGAGGAGUUCAAGAAAUAUCUUGAUAGUUCUUAUGUUCCACGAGAACAAGUGCACGAAUUUUACCAAUCUCUGUUCUCAGAAGCGCAUGUCGUCGACAUCGAGGAAAUUAAGAAGAACUCGCUAUAUUUCAUGCAGGAGUCUGUGCCUUUCCAUGAAGAAGUCCGCCAGAUUUUGGACUACAUUCAUAAAGCCAACGAUGUGAGGGAAGUCAUAGAACUGGAAACCAUUUUAGACGAUAUGAAGCAGAAAUACGGUGCAGUAAUCCGUGAUUUCGAUCGUUUUGUUAUUGUAUUGUUAGUUCAAACUGUUGUCUAUUCUGGGAGCAGAUCGCUGUCGCACGCUAACAAAUAUAUUUCUGACUUGAAGGAUGAUAUGGCAACAAUCUUCGGAAAGCUGCAGAUGGACAACGAUGCUAAGGAGUUUUUAACUGUGGAAGCUGUCCUGAGGUUUUGGAACUCCAAUUCUCAAAACGGUUUCCUUAUUUCUGACGCCUUUAAGCACGCAGGAUUGAUCAAGCCUGAAGCGAUAUUUGCUUUCUCCUUCACGGAAUACGACAAUAAAAACAACGGCUUAGUUGACGGAACGUCGAUUGAGUCAACAUUCAGGAAUCUAUCACAGCACUCAAAUAAUGUCGAGUGCCUUGAGUACGUUUUCGAGCGUCUUUGUAUCAUUACUAAUGAAACCAUCGCCCAACUACAGGUUCCAGCAGAAGAGGAAAUUGUCUGUCCCACAAUAUCUGAUGAUAUGGAAAUAGAUCUGGAGGAAGAACUGCCCAGAUUGGAUUUGAUCUGGAAGUACGAAACGUCAGUGAGCUUCAUCAAAAGUAUACUAAGAAAAUACGCUGCUCAAUAUAGGCCUCUGGCAGAUAAACUAAGAGAGGGUUUGAGUACCGCUGUUCCUCAUCAACAAACGAGAAAUCAGUUUUUGACCUGGAUCGAUGAGAUUUACCAGAUCUAG